CGCGCGGCGGCGGAGCGGGACUGGGCGGCCCCCGCCCGCGCGCAGCAACGGUGCCUCGCCAUGGGUCUGCCGGGGGAGAAGGCCCUUGUCUAUCCGCCGCGGCCCGAACUCCUGCCCGCGGCCCACAUCCCCUCCCUGUCCCACUACCAGCGCAUGUACCAGCGCUCCGUGGAAGAGCCUCACGAAUUCUGGGGGGACAUCGCUAAAGAGUUCUACUGGAAGAGUCAGCCCACGGGACCGUUCCUGAAGUACAACUUCGAUGUGACCAAGGGGAAGAUCUUCAUCGAAUGGAUGAAAGGAGCGACCACCAACAUCUGCUACAACGUCCUGGACAGAAAUGUCAAUGACAAGAAGCUUGGGGACAAAAUUGCUUUUUACUGGGAAGGGAAUGAACCUGGGGAUUCCGCGAAGAUCACCUACCAAGAGCUGCUGCACAAAGUGUGCCAGUUUGCCAAUGUCCUCCGCAGCCAAGGGCUGAAGAAAGGAGACAGGGUUUCCAUCUACCUGCCAAUGAUCGUGGAGCUGGUCGUAGCCAUGCUUGCCUGUGCCAGGAUUGGAGCUCUGCACUCUAUUGUGUUUGCAGGUUUCUCUGCUGACUCCCUUUGCGAGCGGAUCCUUGACAGCAGUUGCUCCCUCCUCAUCACAGCAGAUGCUUUUUAUCGAGGGGACAAGCUGGUCAACUUGAAGCAGAUUGCAGACGAAGCCAUCCAGAAAUGUGUAGACAAGGGAUUCUCUUUGAAAAAGUGCAUCGUGGUGAAGCACCUGUGCAGGGAGGAGAUAGGAGCGGCUGGGACCUGCAGCAAGUCUCCUCCUCAGAAAAAGCUGUGCCAGGAAGUGCAGGAAAAAAAGACUGAAAGCUCAAAGAGACUCCGUCCCAAGACCCCCUGGAACCCAGCCUUAGACACGUGGUGGCAUGAGCUGAUGUCUGGUGCCAGCACAGAGUGUGAGCCCGAGUGGUGCGACGCCGAGGACGGGCUCUUCAUCCUCUACACGAGCGGCUCCACUGGAAAACCCAAGGGUGUGCUGCACACCAUGGGUGGAUACAUGAUUUUUGCUGCCACCUCCUUUAAAUACGUGUUUGAUUACCAACCUGAGGACGUGUACUGGUGCACAGCUGACAUUGGAUGGAUAACAGGCCAUUCCUACAUCACCUACGGCCCCCUGGCCAACGGGGCCACCGGCGUGUUGUUUGAAGGCGUCCCCACCUACCCAGAUGUUGGCAGGAUGUGGAGCGUCGUUGACAAGUACAAGGUGACCAAAUUCUACACAGCACCCACGGCCAUCCGGAUGCUGAUGAAGUAUGGCGAGGAGCCUGUCAAAAAGCACAGCAGGAAGUCCCUGAAGGUGCUGGGGACCGUGGGUGAGCCCAUCAACCCCGAGGCCUGGCUGUGGUACCACCGUGUGGUGGGAGAGGAGAGGUGCCCCAUUGUGGACACCUUCUGGCAGACAGAGACGGGAGGCCACAUGCUGACACCCCUUCCUGCUGCCACCCCCACGAAGCCAGGCUCUGCCACAUUCCCCUUUUUUGGUGUGGUCCCUGCCAUCCUGAACGACUCGGGGCAAGAGCUGGAAGGAGAAGCAGAAGGUUUUCUGGUGUUCAAGCAGCCCUGGCCAGGGAUCAUGCGCACGGUCUACGGGAAGCACCAGCAGUUUGAAACCAUUUACUUCCAGAAGUUCCCUGGCUACUACUUGACAGGAGAUGGUUGCAGAAGAGAUAAAGAUGGUUAUUACUGGAUCACAGGGCGAAUUGAUGACAUGUUGAAUGUUUCUGGCCAUUUGCUGAGCACGGCAGAGGUGGAGUCAGCCCUGGUGGAGCACCCUGCAGUGGCCGAGGCUGCCGUGGUCAGCCACCCCCACCCCCUGAAGGGAGAGUGCCUCUACUGCUUUGUGACCCUGAGAGAGGGCUACGAGUUCACCCCGGACCUCACAGAUGAGCUCAAAAAACAAGUCAGAGACAAAAUUGGGCCCAUAGCAACACCUGAUUACAUCCAGUACGCCCCCAGCCUGCCCAAAACGCGCUCAGGAAAGAUCACCAGACGCAUAUUGAGGAAGAUUGCCAAAGAUGACCACGAGCUGGGAGACAUCUCCACCUUGGCAGACCCGGGCGUCAUCACACAGCUUUUCAACAGCAGAUGUGACACUGUUCCUGCAGGAGCAGCAGGACCUGUUCCUGCUCAGUAGGACAGUGGCAGUGGCAUCUGAUGGGCAGGUCCCUCCAACAGCCACUGCCUGCCCAGGAAGGAAACCUUCAGCUGUUGAAUUAAAUGCACCAAUGGUAGAAAUGA